AUGAAGUGGAGCUCCCGGACCCGGAAGUGAGUUGUUGAGUCACCGCUGAUCAACCUCGUAGCUGGGAUGAAGCAGAAAGCAGGAGCAUCCUCAAACCGAAUUAAAAUCUGAAAGCCGCACAAUUUUAUAUAUAAUUGUCAUAUCGCAAUAACCGCGAAGGGGAAGGAAAAAAAAACAAUUCGCCGCCAAAAUGAUGGAAGAAAUAGACAGAUUUCAAGUGCCGACAGUCCAUUCGGAGAUGCAGCCCCUGGACCCAGCUGCCUCAUCCAUCUCUGAGGGGGACUCGGACACGCGGGAAGGGGAGCCUGUGACCAUCAAUUACAAGCCUUCCCCCUUGCAGAUGAAAAUCGAGAAACAGAGGGAGCUGGCCAGGAAGGGCUCCCUGAAGAAUGGCAACAUGGGCAGCCCUGUGAAUCAGCAGCCCAAGAAAAAUAACGUCAUGGCCAGAACAAGGCUGGUUGUCCCAAACAAAGGAUACUCUUCUCUAGACCAGAUUAUAGCUGAGCUAGGAACUGUUUUUUUUUUGCUUUUCUGUUUUGGACAACAAUUUCUUGUUGCUAUUUCUGCUGGUUCUGUGAGGCUGUACGUGUUGUUCCGAGCUUCCUUAAUUGACCUUCUGUUCCCCUGCAGUGACGAUGACUUUGACAUGUCCAGAUACUCUUCAUCAGGAUACUCCUCUGCUGAGCAGAUCAACCAAGACUUGAACAUCCAGCUGCUGAAAGAUGGCUACAGGUUGGACGAGAUCCCUGAUGACGAGGACCUUGACCUCAUCCCUCCGAAAUCGGUCAACCCCACUUGCAUGUGCUGCCAGGCCACUUCCUCUGCCGCCUGCCAAAUCCAGUAGUCUGUGGUGCGUGAGGCCUGCAGUGAGUGCGCUCCGCCACUAGGCGGCGAAAAAGGGAAGGCAGCUCCCAAACGCCGCUGCACACUCCUAAACAAACGUCAAACCGGAAACAAAAAUCUUUAAAAACUAACAGCCAUUGCUUCCUCCUAUGGUAGGACAUGUACUUCUUCUGUGUUUUAGAGCCAGGAGGAAUCAAUUUGAGAGCCACCUCCCCGCCAGAGUUGUGAUCCGAAAACAUUUAACAAAGGAAACGCCAUCCACUUACAUAAAUAGAUAAGUAAACCUCAGUAAAACUAAAUUUUGGGGAGUCACGCUGAUGAGCCCAGCUGCUCAUUGCCAGAUUUACUCAUUUUGUUUCCUGUUACUGAAGAAUACAAUCCAAUGAUCAUGUGUUUAAAUGUUAUGAUUUAAAAAAAAUCUAAGUGCGGGGAGUGAGACGGAUUUGAGUGUCUGAGGCUUCCUCUCCUUCCUGGCAUAAAUUUCUAGAUGACAUUGUAUAUUCAUCUCUUCUUUCAGCACUGAAAGUAGUACUGUAGCAACACUAGGGAAUUGCACUUGUCAGCAGUUUGAUAGACAUUUUUAAUUUAUUUUUCUAAUUUAAUUGCUUUUUGUUUUCUGUCUUUUUUGGCUGGGUAGAGGAAAGAAAUUUGCAGUGCUCCGCAGUCUCGUUUUUUCCCCACUGACGAGAGCACAG